AAGCGGAAGUGCGCUGCAUCGACUGCUGCCAUGGCGUCUACGGCGGCUGCUCGAACGGCUGCAGGUGCUGCUAAAGUUGUUAAACCCAUUUUUAGUCGGGACCUGGACGAAGCUAAGCGGAGGGUCCGGGAGCUGUACCGAGCCUGGUAUCGAGAAAUCCCGCACACUGUUUCCAUUUUCCAGCUGGACAUCACAAAUCGUCAGGGGAGAGACAAAUUGAGGGAGAUGUUCAACCAAAACAAGCAUGUCACUGAUCCACGUGUGAUUGACAUGUUGGUCAUAAAGAGUAAAAUGGAGCUGGAGGAAACAAUCAAAGUUUGGAAGCAGAAGACCCACGUAAUGCGUUAUUUCAAGGAGACUGAGGAACCUCGUCCUACUGACUUCCUGUCCAAAUUCUACCAGGGUCAUGACCCAUGAACUGUGUGGCUUCUGAUCUCUGACCCCACUUCCAUAAUGUCCAGUGUAACAGAUGUUACCCUCUACUGUAAAUACACACUUAACACUCA